AAGCUAGCAAGUUCCAAGGUUUUCUUCGAUCCUUCCAUUCCGGGAUUUUCAACUGAGACAAGCGCGGGGCCGAGAUGUGACACCCGGCGCAGGCCGCUUACAUAACCUUAUUUGAUGGAGAAAUCCGAUUCCCAGGCUUGAUUCCCCAUUCCCGCAUCACACAUGCAAGGAACCAUCGCGACCUAGUGAUGUCAUAGCCAAGCCACCGGGAGACAAAGGACUUUCCAAACUUGCCAACAACAAACAGGGCAGAAUCCUAGUGGCGCCACGCAUGUCAUUCAUUUUAUGGGAUAUGGAAUUGGCAAUUAAUAAAAAGAAGAUCAGUAUGAGAUAUUUCUAUUAUUUACCUACUACCCGAACCUAUAUUGUCCCUUUAUGCACGCUUCCGAGCUUCGGUCAAUCGGUAAAUCUAAUUAAACAUACGAUCGUUCUAUAAUACAUUCGUUUGCCUAAGACUACCUAAUUAUGAACCUAUCAUAUCAUCGGUUAGCAUGGCUAUUGCCGCUACUGUUAGCUAGGACAGCCAUAGCCAUACCACCGAGUCAUCCUAUGAUUACACCAGCUCCAGACCUCAAGAAUCGAAUAGUAGAGCGCGAUUUCGAUGCCGUCGAUUACGUCCACAGCCUUAUUACUAGUUUGGGAAGCGAUGUAUCGAGCUACGUAGCGUCAGGCGUACCUCAGUUCUUUCAAGACCUGCCUAGUGGUACAGCCGUCGAAAGUUCUUUGGGGAUAAACAGCUCAGAUCUUGCCGCUACGCCGACUCAAGUCCUAAAUCUCCCAGCAUAUGCAAAUUGGACCGACCAAGGAUGGAACGUCAGGAUACAUGGCAAUGUCUACAAGCAACCCAAUAUCUCGGAAUCGAAGCUGAAUGACUUGGCCAAUAUAUUUCUAGUUGGUACGGAUAUUGAGGAAUUGUCACUGCCGGAGCAAACGCAGGCGAGGAAUAUGACGGCUUCUAUCUUCGUCGUCCAGCAAAGGGAUGUGAACGUCACUAUGAACUUCGAGAACGACGUCAAUAUCCGCCCCGACGCAAGCGGCGGUGUUAUCAAUGCUGAAGGGGGUGCGCAAACGCUAAAACUUCCAUACCCGACCACCGACGAGGGAGAUUUCGAUACCUUGGUCGUUUUGCAGAACACAACAGGUCCCAACGGUGGACAUUUGAUGGCUGGAAACGCUACUUCAUCCAUUCAGGCUCUCAACAUGUAUGCAAAUGGGACUAAUUCAGGCAAUGCGACGGCCUACCUAGUACCGCCAGAGGGUUUCACCAUUAUCUCCGAUAUCGACGACAUUCUCCGUGUCACCAAAAUCUAUGAUCCGAAGGAGGGUCUCCUGAACUCAUUUGCUCGAGCGUUCACGCCGUGGAUGAACAUGCCUGAGAUCUACGCGAAUUGGUCCGCCUCGAUCCCGAAUUUCCACUUUCAUUAUCUCACCACGACACCAGAGCAAGUGACAAGGAAUUACAUGGACUUCAUCUUCAAGACAUACCCCCUAGGUUCAUUCGACACGCGACCCCUCAACUUCUCAGACGUCUCCGCAACACUGUCAAUCCGCAAAGCGCUACUAGACAAGAUCUUCCAGACAUUCCCGCAGCGUAAAUUCGUCCUCAUCGCCGAUACAUCCAACUCAGAUGUAAUGAAGGAUUACCCGCAGAUGGUAAAAGACUACCCAGGCCAGGUCCAGUGCAUUUUCCUACGCAACACGACCGCCACAGAUAGCUCGGACUUGUUUCCCUACAAUACGAAGGGCUUCGAGGGUAUCGAUCAGAAGCAGUACAUGUUCUUCCUAACACCUGACGAUCUGAAAGGUGUCGAUAUUGUUGGUGGGAAUUGUUAUAAUCCAGCCGUUGUCCAGAACGUGACGUUCGGGUAUCAGGGGCGCGGGUUUGGGAAUGCUGGUGCUCGCUCUGCUCAAUGGGGCUGGAGUUGGGGUUGGUUACCGGUGAUAGCGGCGCUUUGUUUGUCCUUCUAAUGUCCUAAUGCUUGGGAAUUGGAUAAUUUAUAAUCACGAUUACGACAGUACAUGACUUAAUAUAGGUGUAUAUAAGGUAUUACGGUAUUACCAUUGUUCUCUCAACCAAAUUUGUUUCUUGCUGCUAGAGAUGUAAUUAAAAUUUCGUUUCGGC